AUGGCUCCUCCAGGGCGGCGGCGUGGCGGGUCACUAUCCCCAAUGGCACUGUGUUUAGCAUGUUUCUUCCUUUUGAUCUCCACAGCGAGCGCAGCAUCCAGCGUGCUUGGACUCGACUUUGGGACAUUGAACUUGAAGGCGGUGUUGGUCAAGCCCGGUAUUCCCCUCGAGAUUGUCUUGAGCAAGGACUCGAAACGGAAAGAGACGGCGGCAGUAGCAUUCAAACCGAACCGAGACUCGAAGAACAACAUCAUCGCCGAGGAGGGAAAGUUUCCUGAACGAGCAUAUGGAUCGGAUGCGCUGGCGCUGCAGGGACGGAUACCGGGGGAGGUAUAUCCCAAUCUGAAGCAGUUGUUGGGGUUAUGGAGCGAUGAGGGCUCGCAGAAGGCGAUUGGGACGUACAAGGAGCGGUAUCCAGCCGUUGAUGCGGAGUGGAAACAUGAGAUUGGGACGACAAUGCUAAGGAGCGAGGCGUUCUCGAACAAUGAGAUGCCGUGGACCGUUGAGGAAUUGCUGGCGAUGCAGUUUGCGAACAUCAAGCGGAAUGCCGAAUCGAUGGCGGGCAAGGGCAAUGUUGUUGAGGACACGGUUAUUACAAUUCCUGCCUUCUACACUGCAGACGAACGACGAGCGAUUGAGAAGGCGGCUCUGUUGUCUGGCUUGGUCGUCAACAGUUUGAUCACUGAUGGUCUGGCCGUGGGAAUGGACUACGCCAAGAGCAGGACAUUCCCGGAGGUGACGAAGGGAGAGAAGCCAGAGCAUCACAUUGUCUUCGAUAUGGGCGCUGGGUCGACCACAGCUACGUUGCUGCGAUUCCAAGGACGAAGUGUGAAAGAUGUUGGUCGAUUCAACAAGACGGUUCAAGAAGUGGCGGUGCUCGGAACAGGCUGGGAUCGAACUCUGGGUGGAGACAGUCUCACCGAUGUUGUCUUGAACGACUUCAUUGUCAAGUUCAUGACCAAGCCGGUGUUCAAGAGCCGAGGCAUUGAGGCUGACGCGGUCAGAGGCAACGCUCGUGCGAUGGCCCGGCUUUGGAAGUCGGCAGAGCAGGCACGUACCGUACUGUCCGCCAAUACCGAGACGAGCCCGUCGUUGGAGGAGCUACUGCCCGAGAUUGAUUUCAAAGCCAAGCUCACAAGGUCCGAGUUUGAGAGCUUGACUUCGGACUACGCAGCUAGAGUCGAGCUGCCUAUCAAAGAUGCAUUGGCCAUGGCCAAGAUGACAAUGGACGACAUCGACUCGAUCAUCCUUCACGGCGGUGCGAUACGGACUCCGUUCGUGCACAAGAAACUCGAGCAGAUUGCCGGUGGGAGUGGGAAGCUUCGAUCCAACGUCAAUGCGGACGAGUCGGCAGUGUUCGGCGCAGCUUUCAAAGGGGCCGGCCUCAGCCCAAGCUUCAAAGUGAAGGAGAUCCGCGACAGUGACAUUGCGGUGUACCCUGCCGGCAUGGACUACACAGACAACGGCAAGCCCAGGAAACAGGUCCUCUUCGGUGCCUCCAGCCCCGUCGGCAACGGCGCGACCACCAAGCAGGUCACGUUCAAGGACAAGGACGAUUUCGUAUUCAAGCUUUACCAGCACACUGGAGACAUCGACAGAGCGUUCGCUGUGAUUGAGGUCCAGAACUUGACGUCGUCUGUUCAGGAGCUUAAGACCAAGUUCGGAUGUGAGAAGGAUGACGUGACGACUAAGUUCAGCAUCAGGCUCAGUCCGUCCGACGGGCUGCCUGAGGUUUUGUCUGGAUCAGCGAGCUGCGAAGUCGAGGGCACUGGCAAGGGCGAGAGCAUCGGCGACUCGGUCAAAGACUGGCUUGGGUUUGGCAAGAAGAAGGACCAAGAGCCUCUCGCAGAAGGUGAGGAAGCUGGACCGACUGAAGAGGUGGAAGCGUCAAGUUCGACAUCUUCACCAGAGACUACAAGCGAAUCCGCAACUGGGUCUUCGACUGAUGCAUCGGCGUCGAGCUCAAAGGUACCGGAGAAGCCGAAGAAGAGGACGGAGAGUAUUGCCCUCGCCAUUAAAACAAUGCCGCAAGGCAACCCUCAGCCAGCGCCUGAGAUGAUGAAGCAGAUGCGGGAUCGUCUUGUCGCGUUUGACAAAUCUGACCGCGCUAGGGUGCAGCGCGAGGAGGCACUGAACGUGCUUGAGAGCUAUACUUACUACGUCCGUGACUUCCUGAGCAACGCCGAUUACGAAGCAUUCGGCACCGACGCCACCCGCAAGGAGAUCAACCAGCUCCUAUCGAAGGCACGAGACUUCAUGGAAGAUUCGAAGGAGGUCUCGAAGGCGACCAAGGAGACUUUCAUGGGCAAGCACGAUGAGCUGAAGAAGCUGGUCGAACCGAUUCAGAUCCGACGAAAGGAAGAUGCCGCUCGACCAGAAAAGGUGGAAGCGCUGAAGACCAGCCUCGAGCAGACGGAGAAGCUGGUCGAGAUGGUUCGCGCGCAGGUCAUGCAGGCGAACGACGCCAAGAGCAAAGCCGAGGAGUUCGAUGCCUCGCAGAGCGCAGAUGCGGACAGCAGCGGUGCUACUCCUUCUGGUGGCCUCGAUGAUCUUGAAGAGCCAGACGAAGCAUCAGCGACCGAUUCCAACCCACUCGGCCCGAAGUACAGCAACGCAGCAGACUUCUCCGCCUACACCGAAGUCGAUCUCGCCGGCGUGAGCGACGCAUACGAGUCCGCCAAACAGUGGCUCACAGAGAAAGAAGCCGAGCAAGCGAAGCUCAAACCUCACGAGGAGCCAGUGCUGCUGACUAAAGACAUCGAAAAGAAAGCCAACGAGCUCAGCGAAGUGAUGCGAGAUCUGUUGUACAAGAAGAUGAAGGCACCCAAGAGCAGCAGCUCGUCCAAGAAGCCGAAGAGCUCGAAGACGAAAGCGAGUAAGAAGAAGAGUGCUAGUUCGACGGCGGCGGAGGAGGCGACACCGUCGUAUGAUGUGCCUUCGGAAGAGGAGAUUUUGAGCAUGGUGGAGGAGGCGAAGGAGACGAGGGGUGCGGCGCAUGAAGAGCUGUGA